GUACUAUCGUGAAGUUGGUCCCCCUCAUUUCUGGAGGUUACGCUACGUCCCUGGGUGCAGUAUGCAAGAACGUUUAAUUUAUUGGUUUGACUUGAUGCUACUGUGUGGGAGUGCACGUGCUUGAAUGCAUGCUUGCAUAUUUGUAUACCCCCCAUUUCUAGAGGUUACGCUACGCCUGGGUGCAGUAUGCAAGAGCGUUUGAAUUAAUUAAUGGUUUGACUUGAUGGUACUGUAUGGGAGUACACGUGCUUGAAUGCAUGCUUGCAUAUUUGUAUGCAUACAUGCUGUGUCUGCAUGUAGCAUGAGGCUUUCUUGGUUAAUUUUAAUUCUUUUCGAAAAUUUUGGAUAAUGACGAAAAAAGUUGUUAGUACAAGUUCUAAGUUAAAAUUUGCGUAAACGAUUACGCUGAUUGGGCGUUCGCGUGGAAGCACGUGACGGGCACCUGAAGUGACGGGCGCAUGCGUGACAGUACGCUACUCAAGUGUCCCGAGAACGUCGAAAUGAUACGUUUGCUUGCGCUGGUCGUUAUUUCCAUGGUUGCCAAUGUCGAUGUCAUUGCCUCUCCCUAUUUCGGUGAUUCUCAGCCGCUCGUGCAACCAUCAGACGAACCGUGGAAUCCUCAAGAGAUGCUCUCAACCAUACAGACGUACAUUGCUUGGGGAUCACCCGAAGGUAAGCCGAUGCCAGACUGCAAAGCAUUCGACAGCGCGUUUUUCGGCAACAAAACCUGGCGAAGUCCGUUCGUCGUUCCCGGCGGUUUUGUCAUAUUCGAGAUAGAGAAAUAUUGUAACGGACUGGCAGAGAAUCUGACUUGGCACAGUGGCAGACUCGAGGCUGGUAACUUUGUCUAUCCGCUCUACUACGGAUUGAGAGAUCCUAGACCAUACAAGGUUGCAUUUGUGUGGGCCGCUGUAGGAGAGUCGGUGUCAUACCGCGAUGUACUCGGUCUGAAACGCUACAAUUUUACCAUCAUCAGCACGAUGCAGUUCUACAACGAGACUGCCAUAUUUAUUGGCGAGGAUAUCUUCUGGCCAGAGAGCAAUGGUGAAGUUCCCGACGUUCUGAUGACAAUGAUCAAUCAGUAUAUGUCAUUUACGGAUGGUGAUUGUAAUAAGUUUCCAGAGAUAUUCCAAGACAAGUAUGGUCUUAUUCAACCAAGUGGAUCAGACGAUGUGUUUGGAACAGCAGAAAUUGUUAGAUACUGUGAUGAGAUGAGGUACAAAUGGACCUCUUACACCUAUCGUCUUCACGAUGUGACCUUUUCUGUCUCCACCUACAACGGGCUGGUCGAUAAUGUUGCUUUCACUUGGACAAGAACUGGCGUGUAUCUCGAUGAAGUGAGAACUGAUGAGAUCAUGACCGAGCUGAACAUAUAUCAGGAUGAUACACCGCUCAAAGAUUUGAGGAUCGGUUCAGCGUAUGACUUUUUUCAACCUCCACCAGGACCGCCUAUUGCAAAGUAAAGGCUGCGAUGAGAAGAGCAGCAACGAUUUUGACGUUCGAAAAUUAGUGCAAGUGUUGACGUGGGUCAUUGCUGCGCGUGUUGAACGGGUUUCUGCAUGUCUUCACUGUUAUAGUUUACGAAAAUACUCGUACGUGUAUGCUCCAAAUGUUGCAUUGCUCAUUUUAGAAUAUCUAAGUAUAGUAAAUCACCAAGAUUUGGAGUACCCUAAUCUGCAACUUAAUUUUUACACGAAAUGAUGCAUGGAUGCAGCGUUGCUCACA